GCCGUACACGUGUUCGGCCCCGUCGGCUAACCCGGAAGAAGUCGCGGGAAAGCGCCCUGGAGGUAGUGGAGAGUCUGCAGGACGCGGCGGCGCCAGGAUGAACGCCCCUCCCGCCUUCGAGUCGUUCUUGCUGUUCGAAGGCGAGAAGAAGAUCACGAUUAACAAGGACACCAAGGUACCCAAUGCCUGCUUGUUCACCAUCAACAAAGAAGAUCAUACGCUAGGAAACAUUAUUAAAUCGCAGCUGCUGAAGGACCCCCAGGUGCUGUUUGCUGGCUACAAAGUGCCCCACCCUCUGGAGCACAAAAUCAUCAUCCGCGUGCAGACCACCCCGGACUACAGCCCCCAGGAGGCCUUCACCAAUGCCAUCACAGACCUCAUCAGCGAGCUCUCCCUGCUGGAAGAGCGAUUCCGGGUGGCCAUCAAAGACAAGCAAGAAGGAAUUGAAUAGUGGGCUGGAAGGAGUCUUGCUUGGCCAGUUCCUACCUUGCAACGGGCCCUUCUCCAGGCACCAAAUGGAAGAAAGCGCCUCGCCCCAGCUGUGGGCCCCCUGGGAGAUACCUGGAGAGCCCCUCACCCCUGACACCAGUGUGUCCUCUACAUAGAUUGCUUCAUCUUCCUAAUAAAGUGUGGAGGAAAAGA